UUAAACCAACCAGAACACCGUCAAGCAACUCUCUAGCAGCGAAGAGCAUACGAAGGCAAUCUCGUCCGCGGCUUCAGAUACUGAGAUUAGAUACACGCAUCGAUCUCCGGUUUCUUCGGUCGGGGUAUGGGGAAUUGCUUCAAGUCGCAGCGCGCCGCCGCGUCGUGGGCCGACGACGGCGAGUGGGAGGAUGAGGAGGAGCGGCAGCAUCAGCUACAUGAGAUGGCGGCGGCCGAGAAGAUGGAGCGGGUGGAGGUGAAGAUCAGGGUGACGAGGAGGCAGCUCCAGGAGCUGCUGGAGAAGGCCGCCGGCGAGGGCAAGGGGCGGCCGGUGGAGAAGGUGCUGGCCGAGAUGAUCAGCUCCGGCAAGGUGUGCUACGAGCAGGAGGCGGCGAGCCGGCAUUGGAGGCCGUCGCUGCAAAGCAUAGCGGAGGCUGAUGAGUCAUGAGUUCAUGACAAGUCGUAGAUUUAGAUCUUGAUUUCAUAGGAUCGUUUUAUGUUCUUUGAAUCUUUGAUUGAUCCUGUAUGUGCAUAGUUUUUGUAGGAAGAUAUUGUCUUUAUUCUUUCGGUGAUGUACACGCCAUCAGACUGAUUGAGAGGAAUUGCUGGAAUUUUUUUUUACUUCCGCAGAUUUCUGUUUUAGCUCUGUCCAUGAACUUGUGCUUACCGACUCAGAUAUCUCUUUAGUCACUGAUGGGUGUAAAAAGACGACGAGCUUCACAGCUAGAUAUGA